AUGGAUCCCUCGAUGUUCACGCCCGAGAUGAUGGCGCAGGCGCAGCGCAUGAUGGCGAACAUGACGCCGGAACAGAUGGAACAGAUGCAGCGCAUGGCGGGGUCGAUGGGGAUGGCCAUGCCGCCGGGCGCGGCGGAAGCGAUGAAGAACAUGACGGCGGAUGACAUGCGGCGGGCGGCGAGCGAAAUGGGAAACAUGACGCCGGAACAGAUGAAGGCGCAAUACGAACAGGCGCAAGGGCAGGCGAAGGCGAGCGCGAUGUAUAAGUACGGCGCGAGUGAGAAGCUGAAGUCGGAGGGGAAUAAGCUCGUGGGAGAGGGGAAGCACGCGGAGGCGAUUGAGAAGUACGCGCGAGUGAAGGCUAACCUUUCGGAGGACGGAAGCGCGGAGGCGAAGACGCUGCGAGUGUCGUGUCUGUUGAACUCGGCUCUGUGCUUUAACAAGAUCGGAAAGCACGGUGAUGCGAUUUCGGAGUGCGCCGCGGCGCUGGAGCUCGAACCGAGGAGUCUCAAGGCGUACUAUCGACGCGGACAGGCGCUCGUGGCGAUGGGCGACCUCGAGCGCGGCGUCGAGGAUUUGAUGCGUGCGAAUAAGCUCAGUCCCGGGGACGAAACCGUGAAGGCUGAGCUUGAUGCGUGCGUUAAAAACAUGGAAUCGAAAGACAUGGCCGUCCCGGCGGCGUGUCCACCGUUUGAUCAUCCGCAAGCGGCGCCAGUCGCGAGUAGCAGCGGAGCGUCGGCCGCCGUGCCGGGCAUGCCGAACAUCACCCCUGAUAUGCAAGCGCAGAUGGAGGCGAUGAUGAACGACCCUAACGCAAUGGAACAAGUGACUUCCAUGCUCGGAGGUAUGUCGGAGGAACAACUUGCUGCCAUGGCGGCUUCGAAUCCGAUGAUGGCAGGCAUGGACACAGAAGCGCUUAAGAAGGCAACGGGCAUGAUGAAGAACAUGAAGCCCGAGACCAUGAAAGCUAUGAUGAAGAUGGCGAAGGGCAUGGGCAUGGACGGUCAAGGUGGCGGUGGAAUGGACCCCAACGACCCCAACUUCAUGGCCAAGAUGCAAGAAGGGCUGAACAACCCAGAGAUGCGAGAAGCCAUGGUAGACAUGAUGCAGAGCAUGGACGCCGAGUCGAUCAAGGAAAUGUCUCAGAGCAUGGGCAUGUCCAUGGACGACGCGCAAGCGGAGCAGGCUGCGAACGCUCUCAAGAACAUCUCGCCCAAGACGAUGGAUCGAAUGCUUACCAUGGCGUCGUUCGCCGGUGGUAUGUACAGUCGCUUCAAGCGCCCGAUCGACUGGGCUCUUCGCAACAAGCGAACGGCGAUGAGCAUGUUCGUCGUCUUGACUGCGGUCGGAACGACGUAUGUACUCAGAUGGUGGCGCCGACGUGGUGGGGACGUUGACGCCGUUAAUGCGACGGAACUGCUCGGUGGUGGCUCGACGUUUUAA